AUGAAAUCCUCCGUCUCUGUCAACUCAGCGCUUCUGGCCGUCGCUGCCGCAGUCGCAGUCGGCAUCGUACUAGGCCACCCCUUAAUCCGCUGGGUGGUCGGGACGGUCAUCAGCAUUGUCACUACGUCCAUUGCAGCCAUCGCGAUCUUUGGUUAUGUAUGCCGAGAGCAUUAUGAACGGAGGCGACCGGAACCGCUCAGGAAUACCAGGCCGUUUGUGUUUACGCGGCCGGAUAUUUGGGAAGCGAGGUUGGCUGAGAAGAGGGCUGCGGAGGGGGAUAGGAGACCGCCGUACCAUGUGUACCCUCAAUCGCCGGCCGUUUCAAGUUCGGUUGAGACGUUCUUAGAUCUUGUCAUUCGAGAUUUUGUAGAGUCAUGGGCUAAUCGAAUAGCACCCAACCCCCUCUUCCCUACCGCCGCGAAAAAUGCCAUGCGGUUCGUCGUCACCCUUCUCAUCAGACAGAUCACAACUGUCGAUUUGGUCGGCUUCGUGGUCCGCAAGCUGUUCCCAAUCCUUACGGAUCAUCUCCGUGACUUCACAAUUGCUGAAAACGCCGUACGUGGUCAAAGUCGAGGGAAAGCGUUGACGGAGUCUGAUGAGCUUGAUAAAGCCAUCGCGAGGAAGUACCGUCCUGGACGGUUACAUGAAGCUGCAUUAGGGACGAUCGCGAGUGGACGGAGAGUCGGGCAACAAGACUGGCUACGAAGUAAGGUAGAGAAGUUACUUCCCAUCCUUCUGCCGCCGAAUGAGCGGAAGAGUAAGGUUGUGCAUAUCCUCGUCAGGGAAAUCUUGGCGUGUUCGGUGUUGACACCGAUCGUGGAUAUGCUUGCUGAUCCGGAUUACUGGAACCAGACGAUUGAGCGUGUCGUUGGGCAAUCAUUACGGGAUCGGAAGAGCAUCAAGAAACUUCGGAAAGCGUUGGAUAAACACGAAGACCGUGAGCAACAUCCGCCGACGUCGAGGCCAAAAGCGGCGAACGAUAAGCCGCGGGUGAAGGUAGAUAAGCACGAUUUGGCUAUGUUGCUCAAGUCACCGGAAUUUAUGAUGGGGUUUGUGGAGUUUAUGGAGAAGAGGGGGAAGAGUCACCUUCUCGAUUUCUACCUCACCGUCGACAUCUUGAUCGAGAAACACCCGUUAGAGAAUGAUGGAAUAUUCACCGUGGGCGAAAUGGAAUACUCUGAUUCUGAUUUAGAGGACAUAAGGCAAGUCGAAGCUUUGAUGCGGCCUCUGGGGAGUAUUAUUCCUAAGGAGAUGAAGAAGGUUGUUGGACAGUCUUUGGCGGCGCCCACACCUGGGGUGUAUGCACUCGCCCGAGCUGAGAUUCUGAAGUUACAACAGCAAGUUGUGGAGAUGAUGGAGGAGAAUGAUUUCCCUGCCUUCCAGCGUACAGACGCUUUCGCAAAAUCUGCGGCACAUGGGACACCCACGAUCGAGAGUGGGAAUGGAGGUGGGGGUGUGAUGCCGGCAUUACCGCGCUCUGGAAGCACUUUUGGAGAGAAUGAGAUUGUUGCGGCUGUGGAGGAGGCACUACUUGACCUUAUUGACGAUAAUCAGUCGUUGAUCAGGAGGGAUCGGCAUCCCUUGCCUGGGGUGAGUUCUCCGCGUGCGUCUUCGAGGUUUGACUUUUCUGCCAAGUCGUCAGGGGAGUAUGAUCGUCUUGCGGCGUCGACAAUAUCCGAUACAGCCAGUCUCGAAUCUGAUGGAACGAAUAACACGGAAACCACGGUAACCCACGACCGCGACCAAUCCUCGACAGUCCGAAUCCUCUCCUGCACAGUCCACGCUGAAAACGGCGAAUCUGUUGCCAAGUACCUCAUCCAAAACCACGACUUGGCACUCCAAGUCACCACCGAAGUCUCCCGACGGUACAGCGAGUUUGUGUUGUUACAUAAUCGACUCAGGUUGCAGUUUCCGACGGUGAAGAAGUUGAGUUUGCCAGGGAAGAGGUUGCAGGUUGUGUUGAAGUUGCAGAAGAGCUUCUUGGAGAGUCGGAGGAGGGCUUUGGAGCGGUAUCUGCAGGCACUCGUUCGCAUACCAGAAGUCGUAAACAGCCAGGAUCUCGCCGACUUCCUCAGUGGUGCCACCAGCCCAGUUGACUCAGAGCGAGACGUACUAGAUGAAAUCCCCGACGUACAUAUCUUGGAAGAGCAUCUAACCCCCUUCACCGAACCCAUUUGCAACCUUUUCCUAGAAACCUUCCAACUGCGCAAAGGCAGUAACUGGAUCCGUGAACGUGCAUUCGCUAUCAUCCUAUCAGAAUUCCUUGGUGGUGCCAUUGAACGAAAAGUCCGUGAUUCAGCCGGUGACGCGGCGAAUGAGACGGCGAUAUUGUCGGUGCUGGAGACUGUGAGGGACAGUAUGUGGCCGGGUGGGCAGUUGAAAAAGUCAGAGAAGGACUCCGAGCGAUCUGCGGAGGAUAAGAGGGAGUCACGGCUCAUGGCGAGUGUAUU